AUGCCUGCAAAGGUGGAAGUUCGCGAACUGGUCUCUGAUCUGCACGGUCAGCCGCUGAAGGGCCUCGCCCACGAACACGGCGUGCAUGUCGAGGGGCUCUCUGCGGCUGCACGGUUUCCCACAGAUAUGCCGCAAACGCGUCGCAAUGAUAUGGUCAAUAUCGAUGUCGCGGACCAUCUCUGCGAGCACGUCACACAGCAAAGCGUUUCUCAGUUCAACGCCGAGGUGUGCGGCAGUGAGGUUUCAGUUGACUUCACGUCGUCUGGAGGCGCUGCCACGGCUGCUCCGAGGUAUCGCCCCCGUGGUCCUGGCGUCAGCGUGGACCCAUCCGCCGUGGAGUUUGCCACACAG